UCCGCGCCAAAGUACAUGUUGAUGAAAUCGUGCCGCAGACAGCCUUUUAAACACAUGUCAUGUUGCUUUUACAUACAUUUUUCGGUAGAAUGAGUCCGUCCGGUUCUAUGAAGACGAUGCUGACCGUCAGCCGGUCGGUUCGGUGCGUUCACAGCCGGUCGGUUCCGUCUGGACUGCUGUCCGGUGUCAGCUGUCGUCCUACCACAGCCAGAUCGGGCUUUCCCUCCACACAUGACGGGCUUAGUUUGAGUAUUUUGUUACCUCCUCGUGUUAGCAGUUCUAGAGGAUUCUCAACGUCACUGAGUACCAGAAGUGACGCAAUUGGAAAGAUCCAGUCCACACAUUAUCAGCUCGUGUACACAUGCAAGGUUUGCUCUACCAGGACCACAGAGAAGAUCUCCAAGCAGGCUUAUCACAAAGGUGUUGUGAUAGUGACAUGUCCAGGAUGUAAGAAGCACCACAUCAUUGCUGAUAACCUCUGCUGGUUCUCUGACCUGGAAGGGAAGAGAAACAUUGAGGAAAUCCUUGCUGCCAAAGGAGAGACUGUGAAGAGGAUUGAAGGAAGUGCUGCUUUGGAGAUACUGGUGGAUGAAUCCAUCAAAGACAAGUCUCAACGCUGUGAAAACACGGAGAAAUCAGACAGAGACCCAGGAAAACAAUAAUGCUGGGCCUACACUUUUUAUGUAUAUUGUAAGAUAUUUAAAUUGUAAUAUAUAAUAAACACGCAUGUUUUGCUAUUUGAC